AUGGAGGAACUAGAAGUUUUCUGCAAACAACUGCCAAAGAUUGAACUUCAUGCCCAUUUAUCGGGAAGUAUAACUCGCGAGUGUCUCCAUGAGAUAUACAAAAAACGCAAGGAAGCAGAGCCCAGUAUCGAGCUGGAAGACCCCAUGAUCGUAAUUCCACCGGGAAAAGUUGACUAUGACCUCGAGACAUUUUUCCCUCUUUUUUCAAAAUAUAUCUACCAGCUUUGUAACGACGUCCAAAGUGUCCGAUAUUCCACCAAGAGAGUUCUCCAGGACUUUGAGGCCGAUGGUGUUGCAUACUUAGAACUUCGUACCACUCCACGAGAGUUUAAAGAGACUGGGAUGUCGAAGGAACAAUAUGUUGAGACUGUCCUGGAGAGCAUCGAGCAAUACGAAAAAGACGCAUCAACUUCCAUGAAAACUGUUCUUUUGCUUUCUGUUGAUCGCCGCGAUUCUUUUCAAAAGGCUUUAGAAUGCAUUGAUUUAGCCAUUCGCUACAAGUAUCGGGGUGUUGUGGGAGUUGAUCUUUGUGGCGAUCCUAUGAAAGGUGAUGUCACGAUAUUUCGUGAAGUCUUUUCAAAAGCACAAGAAAACGGGCUGGGAGUAACGCUUCACUUUGCAGAAGCUGCAAAGACAUCAAACGAUGAAGAAUUGCUUGUCCUUCUUUCCUUUAAACCGGACAGAAUUGGCCAUGUUAUUCAUGUUUCAGAUGCCAUUCGCGCAAAGAUAUCCAGGAGGAAAUUGGCAUUGGAGCUUUGUAUUUCAUGCAACGUACACGCCAAAAUGAUAACGGGAUCCUUCCAAGAUCAUCAUUUCCGUGAUUGGUGGGUGGAAAAGCAGUGUCCCCUGAUUCUAUGCACGGAUGAUGUGGGGGUUUUUUGUUCACCCCUUUCGAACGAGUAUACAAUUGUGGCACAACACUUCGGCCUGACCCGCCUACAACUCUGGGAGUUAAGUUUCCAGACAAUUAGUCCAAUAUUUAGCGGGGAAGAGGAGAAGAUACGGCUGAGAAACUUGAUGCUCUCUUGGCGCGAGGGCAACAAAUUGUAA